AUGGAACGGAUAUGUCUGAUUCUUCUCUUCAUAAGUAAGACUGUUUCAGUCAGUGCACAGUUCAAUGGAUACAACUGCGACGCUAACUACCACAGCAGGUUUCCUGCUGAGAGGGACAUUAGUGUGUACUGCGGGGUGCAGACCAUCACCCUGAAGAUCAACUUCUGCCCCGUGCUGUUCUCGGGGUACACCGACACCGACCUGGCCCUCAACGGCCGGCACGGGGACGCCCACUGCCGAGGAUUCAUCAACAACAACACCUUCCCCACCGUGGUGCUCUUCAGCAUCAGCCUGAACACGCUGGAGUCCUGUGGCAACAACCUGGUGGUCUCCACGGCUCAGGGGAUGAACGCCUAUGGGAACCUCUCCCUGGUGCAGAUCGGGAACAUAUCGGGCUACAUAGACACGCCAGACCCUCCCACUAUUAUUAGCUAUUUGCCGGGCCUACUGUAUAAAUUCAGCUGCAGCUACCCGCUGGAAUACCUGGUCAACAACACUCAGCUCGCGUCGUCAGCUGCUGCAAUAUCUGUAAAGGACAGCAAUGGUACUUUCAUAAGCACUUUGAGUUUACUUCUUUACAAUGACUCGACGUACGCCCAGCAGCUGGCAAUCCCGAUGGCCGGUCUGACCCUGAAGACCCGUGUGUUCGCCGCAGUGAAAGCCACCAAUCUGGACAGAAGAUGGAAUGUUCUGAUGGACUACUGUUACACCACUCCCUCUGGGAACCCAAAUGACGAGCUGCGCUAUGACUUAUUCUUUAGCUGUGACAAAGACCCGCAGACCACCGUGUUUGAGAACGGGAAGAGCCAAAUGGGCCGGUUCUCCUUCGAGGUGUUCCGCUUUGUCAAGCACAAGAACCAGAAGAUGUCCACCGUGUUCCUGCACUGCGUCACCAAGCUGUGCCGGGUGGACGACUGCGCUCUGCUCAUGCCGAUUUGUGGCAGCCGAAAGAAACGUGAUGUUUCGGGGAAAACCGAAUCUAAUUCUGCCUCUGAAAACGCGGUCAUCACUGCUGGGCCCAUAAUCACACGCAGUGAUGAAACUCCAACCAACAACUCCCAGCUGGCUGAGCUGAACGGCCCUGUUUUCCGGCUCAACUCGGUGACCAGUGCCCUGAUCUCGGGCAUCAUCAUCCUUGGCGUGAUGAGCCUGUGCUUCUUCGUCUUCUCCCUCAUCCUUCUCCGGGGCAAGCGGGCGAGCCCAGCCACGCUGUCGGGCGUCAGGAACCCCACAUUCAACUGA